AGACGCUUUUCAUUUUGUGGAGCGCAUGACAGUCACGUUUUUCUUUCUUCCUAUUCUGUGCUAAGUUAGGUUUUUUGCAGUUUUGAACUAGAAUAGUUGUGUCAAAUGUCCGAGUUGUUACCGUUCAGUGAUGUUCAAACUAAUCAAAUACUGUUGAUUGCUGGAUACUUUAAACGUGAGCCCAAGAAGAAGGCUGGUAACGUAACAGCGGAAUAUUCAAGAAUCUUACAAAGAAAAGCACGAAAGUACAUCGACGAGUGGCUUAUGAAAGGUGUCCCACCAGUUACGUUUGAUAAAUUAGCAAGAUCAGCACCAUGGAUUUUUGAAAAGUUUGAGUUGACGAAGUCUGUAGUUCAAGAAAACAUAUCCACCCAGCCAUGUCAAUCGACAUCAAAGCCAACACCUGUUCCAGGAAACACAACUACACUUAAUGGCUACCAUACAUCGCAGGAUACUUAUGGACAAGAAGGUGGAACGUCACACAUUGCUGAACUGUUGUUUAGUGAAGAUGAUGAUGAUGAUGGAGAUGAUACGUCACAUGAAUUUGAAGGAAUGCCAGCUAAUUUUUUAUGUGGUGGAGAGUAUUUGGAAAAAACACUGACUCUCAAGAAAAUUUUACAGCAUUUUGCAGUGUCAACGAAUCAAAAGAAAAGUCAUAUGACAUACUUGUUGAAACUGUUGAUUGAAUAUCAGCCUCUUCCAGCCUACGACUCAUUGCCAGCUACAGUCCAGCAGUUACUUUAUAUAGAUGGGAGAGAUGUAGUGAAUCAAAGAAGCGCACAAACCUUGACAUCGUCACAAACACCUAGCUCUACUGAACAACCGACGAGAAAAAAAAAGAGAAAACCGAUGCCUUUACCCCCUGUUAUAAAUUUGGACGACGAGGGCAAUUGCCUAUACGUGCACUUUGGGCUAGAAAACGCAUUAUGUGGUGAUUCUGUUGGCAUCUAUUUUAAACACGCGGAUAUCCUCCAGUAUGCUGGCAUCUAUAGGACAAAUCCUGAAGCUUUGCCCUUUUGUUUAAGAAACAAGAUUUACAAGAUGGAUAAGAAAGUUGAAGUGGAGCAGGCCAAAGCAUUUCUUCAAGGUCGUCGCUUGGAUGACACGGACAACGCAGUUUUGAUCUCUCGUCAUGUGACACACUUUGAGGUGGAUUUAAGUGCGGAUGGAGUUCAGUUUUUCGACAAUUCAGAACAGUCUGAAUGCAUCCCUAUCUGUAUGAUAGUCCAUUCAGUGAGUGAGUCUACUGAUCUAUCCAAGUGCAAGCGUAUUUUACUUAAAGUGCGAAAACCUGUUAUUAUUGGCGUUGCUCAUUGCAAAACAAAACCAGACGUGAAGAAAUUCCUUGCCCCUUUGAUUCAAGAAUUAGUGCGACUUGAUCCGACGAAUCUGGAUGACCAAGUUACUGCUGGUCGACAAUUUACAGUGUCAAUUCGGUGCAUCAUAGCCGAUUGGCCUAUGCGAUCGUAUCUUAAACGAAUAAAGGGACAUUCAGGAUAUUGGUCCUGCGAACGCUGUAUUCAGGAAGGUGUACGAUGCAUUCAUCAUCCCACAGUGCCACUGAAAUCAGGAGAAGAGCCGAAAACUAGUAUUCAAUUUUUGGAACUGAACGCCCCCCAAGAACUGAUGAGGAUUUUUUGUCAUAUUGUGAAAGCGAUGAAAGUAGAGAUAACCACAUAACU